AUGUGCCUGAAUGUAUGUCUGCCUUUUCGUAUAGAUAUUAGAUACGACUAUCUAUCUAUCUAUCUAUCUAUCUAUCUAUCUAUAGUCAAUUUACUUUCUUUCAUUUUAUUUUCCUUUUCUUUCUUUCUUUCUUUCAUCUUUUUCUUCCAUUCUUUCUUCCUUCUUUCCUUUCGUACAUUUAUUUGUUUUUUAGUUUUUUAUUGUUCUUUACUAUUUAUUCAUGUGAUUAUUUCUCUACAAUUAUUCUCAUUCUAUUCCUCUUUUCUAUACGUUUCCGCAACCCUGUUAAAAGAAAGAAAAAAGAAUGAUAGAAAGAAAGAAAAUAAAAAUUCUUUCCAUUCUUUUAACUUUUCUUUCUUUCCUCCAAUUGCUUUCUUUUCGAUCUUUCUCUUCUUCAUUUAUCUGAUUUUUCAGUUUUCUUCACUUCCCCUGUUUAAUGUAAUUAAUACGUCUUCUUUUUUUUGCUUUCCUUCUUUUUACUUUAUUUCAUCUUCACAUUUCACGACUAUCUAUCUAUCUAUCUAUCUAUCUAUCUAUCUAUCUAUCUAUCUACGUGUGUAUGCUUUUGCGCACGACAACCUUUCGUCUCGCCAGAUUCUCGCUCAUCCAUCACGUCCGGAAUGUCUCCUCGUCUCUCCACCUCUCUGUCACGCUUUUAUUGAGAACUUUCAAGGAACGCGGACGCAAAUCGGCCGUAAGGAACGCGUCGAUGUAGUUGAGACACUGUCUCCUCAGCUGUUACGGAACUCGGUGGCAUCGCAACAAACUUCGUUGGGAGGCUUUUGUGAGUAG